AUGGAACCAGAAAAGUCGGCUGAAGCUGGUUGCCGAAUAGGAGGUAGCCCGGGACCGGAUUCGUUGCGAGAAGAAGUGUGUGAAUGUAAUGACGGACGGGACCAAGCUGUGGAAUGUGUGGUAAGAAGUGCAAGUACCGGAGAUUUGUUGCAAAGGUCGGUGUGUGAAUCCAAUGUCUAA